GCUGUUGUGAACAGCCCGAGUGGCGAGUCAUGUCGGUUUUUUUUAGAGGCGAACAAUUGGAACCUCGAAGCAGCGAUCACGAGUUACUACGACAGCGGUAACGUACAGACUUAUCAGCAGCAGAUGAACCCACCACAGAUGACGCUUGUGGCCGAUACAACGGCUGACAGCAAGGAGUGUAUGGGCAAAGCUACACCCUUUCGACAGUCUUGGAAAGUCAGGAAUUCUG